UUUACAGAUAUAUAAAAAGCGGGAGGAUUUAUUAAUUCUUGUCAUCUUUCUUUUCCUUAUUAUUUAUUAAUUUCUUUUAAAAUGACUGGUUAUCUUGUUGAAACUGAAACUCCAAAGGGUUAUAAGCUUAAGCUUCAAACGGGUCUUUUUAUCAAUAAUAAAUUUGUUGGUGGUUCUAAUACUAUUGACACUGUAAACCCUGCUACUGGCAAAGUCAUUACUGCAGUUCAAGCUGCUGGUAAGGAAGAAGUAGAUAUGGCUGUUGAAGCAGCUCUUGAUGCUUUUAAUGGUCCUUGGAGAAAGAUGUCCCCUCUUGAGCGUGCAAGUCUUAUGUUUAAACUUGCUGAUUUGAUUGAUCGUGAUAAUGAAGAACUCUCUCAGAUUGAAACUCUUGAUAAUGGUAAAGGGAUUACCUUUUCACGUCUCUUUGAUGUUAAACAAAUCGCUAUUUCACUUCGUUACUUUGCUGGUUAUGCUGACAAGGUACAUGGUAAAGUAAUUGAUACAGAGGGAGCACUUUCAUAUACACGUCAUGAACCUAUUGGUGUCUGUGCUGCUAUCAUUCCCUGGAAUUUCCCUUUAAUGAUGCUUGGUUGGAAGUUAGGUCCUGCUUUAUGUACAGGUAAUACGAUCGUUGUCAAGACCUCUGAAUUGACCCCCCUUUCGGCUCUCAAGGUAGCUCAAUUGAUCGUUGAGGCAGGUUUCCCACCUGGUGUAGUUAACAUUAUUACAGGUUAUGGUCCCAUCACAGGGGAAGCCCUCUCUCGUCAUAUGAAGGUUGCCAAGGUAGCAUUUACAGGCAGUACUGCAGUAGGUCGUGCUGUCAUGAGAGCUGCAGCUGAAAGCAAUCUUAAGAAGGUGACCCUUGAAUUAGGAGGUAAAUCACCUAAUAUCAUCUUUGAUGAUGCUGAUUUAGAUCAAGCCGUUCGAUGGGCUCAUAAGGGUAUCUUCUUUAAUCAUGGCCAAUGUUGUUGUGCUGGUAGUCGUAUCUAUGUUCAAUCUAGUAUUCAUGAUGAAUUCUUGAAAAAGUUUAAAGAAUAUACAAGUCAAACUAAAUUAGGUGAUCCUCAUGAUGAUGAUACCUUCCAGGGACCUCAAGUCUCUAAAGCUCAAUUUGAUCGUAUCAUGAGAUAUAUUGAAUCUGGUAAAGAACAAGGUGCUACCUGUUAUAUGGGAGGUAAUCAAUGGGGUAGUGAAGGUUAUUUCAUUGAACCUACUGUCUUUACAAAUGUAAAAGAAGAUAUGACUAUUGUGCGUGAAGAAAUCUUUGGUCCUGUUGUCACUGUCUCUAAGUUUGAUGAUGUUGAUGAUGUAAUCAAUAUGGCAUUAGAUACAGAAUAUGGUCUUGCUGCUGCUGUCUUUACAAAAGAUACUGCACGUGCUAUUGAUGUAUCUAACCGACUUGCAGCUGGCACAGUUUGGAUUAAUUGUUAUAAUGAAUUGGAUUAUAACACACCAUUUGGUGGUUUCCGUCAAAGUGGUAUUGGUCGUGAGAAUGGUGAAUAUGCAUUAGAUAAUUAUAUUCAGGUCAAGACUGUUAAGAUUAAUGUAAACCGUACACCUUAAUUUCUUUUUGUACUGUGUGAGUGUGUGUGUGUAUGUGUGUAGUAUAUCUCAAAUCUUAAUAAAAUUUAUGCAUAUUAUUUGUAUAUUAUUAUGUA